CCUCGACCGUCCAUGUCGCCGGACAGAUAGCACAGAACAUUAUUGGCCCCGCGCCUACAUAUUCAAGCACGCAGUAGCAGAAAAACAGCCAGCGCGGUAGGUAGAUCAUUCAAAUCGAUGGCGGCUGGAGGUGUGUGGGUGUUCCGGAAGGACGGGGUGAUGGAGCUGGAGCGGCAGGAGAGCUCGUCGGCGUCGGGCCGGAGCGGCAAGGCGCUGGUGUACGUGCCGGCGAACGAGACGAUGCGAUCGCUGGAGGCGCUGGAGCGGCGGCUGGGGUCGCUGGGCUGGGAGCGCUACUACGAGAACCGAGACCUCGUGCAGCUCCACCGGCGCGACGGCGGCGUCGACCUCAUCGCCCUCCCGCGAGACUUUGCGAGGUUCCGCUCCACCCAUAUGUACGACGUCGUCGUCAAGAACAGGCACCACUUCAAGGUCGUCGACAUCGUCUGAACCAUUCAUGCAAGAUGCUUCUACGUGCCUAGCUACUUUCCCCCGGCAGGCGCUAGUCUGUUAUGCAAAUAAGCGCACGUACAAAAUGGUGUGCGUACGUGUUGUGUGUGAGUGAUCGAUGUACUAACAGUUUAUGCCUUAUACUGUGUGAUGUCAGAUGAUGCUUUUGUACGUCUCCGAAUUUCUCCUGUUAGCUGGUGUCAGCUUUUUUUAUCUGAUUGAGUCUCGGUUGUGUUUGUUA